GAUCACAUUUACUGUUUCCAAUCCAACUGCCUUUCGUCAGCUGUUUCGUUCGAUGCUUUACCACAUUCAAGUCCCGGAUGCAUCUACUUUACCUUGUCUAUCACACCAUACCCACUCACACUUACAGCUAAUUGCACCUGUGUUUCUGGCCUUCCAUUCCCUCCCACGGUGUUCACGUAACUAGCAUAAGCCUAUGCUACCCUGGAGCUCCCCACAGGUGAUCUUAUGCUCCAUGCACCACGGCGGGUGGGGAGAUCGAGCACUGCAUUCCGGAAACGUGAGUGAAAGGAAUGGUAGACGAAUGACGGUGAAAGAGGUGCGCCCAGUGCAGCGAACGGAGUGAAACGGCACGAUGAGGUGGAUUAUUGCGCGGCCACCGAGGAGAUCGGCCACCGCACCGGCACGAAGUUUGGACCGGCCGCGCACAACCAACUCCGACUUUGUUCGUGUUAGACUUUCGUGCAGUUCGCACGCACAGCCUUGAGGUGUCAAGCGCGAUAAACCAAACAUUUAUCCACCAGCAGCGGCACAGGUUUUGGCAGUGGUAGUUAUUUUUAGUGGUAAAUUUACUGCGUGAUUGUUUGUGUGUGUUUAUUUUUUUCCGUUGCUGUUUUCUUGCUUCGAGCUGUUCUAUUUCUUGUUUUGUUUUUUGUUGCUGACCACUUCAUCUCGAUCCAGUGCAGAAAUUGAAAGCACAUGAAAUUUUCAAUCAUUGUGCACAAGUGAACUGGAAGAUCGAGGUUGAGAAAACGGGAUCAUCGGAACAACAACACUACAAAGGAACGGAUCCACUGAAAAUGCAGUCCGCUCGGAUUGCAUCGCUGCUACCAGUGUUGCUGCUACUGCUGCUGGCAGCCCUGGCCGACGGAUGGCCGUACCCGCGACCCCUGCCACAGAACCUACGCCGACUGCCGAGGCGGAACGACUUCGUUGCCUACAAUUUGCACCGCGUCAUACGCCCGCGGGACGUUAACGAUCUGGACGUCGACCAGGCACGAAAGGCCAUGCACGAUGUGCACGAAACGAUCGCCGAAGUGCAACGACUUUUGGCCCUCGAUCCUUCGCUUCCCAGACUAACAAGGGGAGAAAUCGAGGAACUGUUUGAAAAUGUGACACGAGAAGAGUUUGCCAAAUCACUCCGCGCCGGCGACCAUAAUCGGGCCCAGCACAUGCGUGCCCUUAUGCUGGUGCUACCCUACCACACCAACAAUAUGUCACCGGAAAAUAUGCAAAAGAUUUACACCCGGCCACCGGUGACGCGCAUCGUUGGGGCUGCUUCCCCGGACAUGAAAACGGGCGCCUCCGAUACGUUCCCAGUGACGCCGGCAAGGUCUGUAGCGACCACCACCACGACGGCACCAACGGUACCACCGCGUAUUACCACGACCGCUGCCAUCCCGGUAACGACGAUCCGAUUUACAACUCCUCGUCCAACCACCUUCCAUCCGACACUCCCGGAGCGGAUGCGUGAUGCCUCCUUCCGGAAGGAGAAUGUGAACGACCUUCUUGCAUCGAUCGGACUGACCCAAAGCUCGGAGGAACUUUCGACGCCGCCAACGUUCCGUCCACUGCCCGCCACGAUGACGACGAUACCGCCUUCCCUUCCAGCCGUACCGGCAACCGCUGACGACACCCUGAACAAUGCGAUCAAUGUGGACGAUCCGAAGGUGGCCCAGGAGCUGAAAGAGCUGCUACGUUCGUUCGGUUUGCUAAAGGAAGCGGACAGCGAUGCCAGUGCGAAUAGUCCACAGCCACAUGCGGAACGUCUGGUGGACAUUCAGCCAUCGGCGCUGGUACUGCACGAACCGUUGAAGGUGGAAGAAUCUACACCGUUCACGGUCGAGGAAUCGAAACAACCCGCUAUCGAGGUUAAAACGGGAGGACUAACGCAGGCGAACGUAAAGCCGGAUGACUACGUCGCCUUUAAGCCUCUAUCGAUCGGAUCUUCCACGGACGAUGGUGAUGAUGCUAAGCCAAUAGACGAAGAGCUGGACGCACUGCUCAAGUCUUUCGGUCUGCUAGGCCCGGGCGCUCGUAACAAGAAGUCAAUGCAUCCGGAACCGACACAAAAACCACCGAUGGUAAUGAACUCGGUCCCGUCCAUCGAUGCCGACCUGGUCGCACCCCAGCUAAUGUCCGUGCUAGACACGCUCGGCAUACAGAUGAAGCCCUCCGGGGGCAUACCGGCAUCGGCGGGUACUACCACCCCCGCGCCAUUGGUUCGACGGCGUGAGAAAACACCCCGCAAACUGGACCCACCCGCCGACCAAACGCCAUCGGCCGCCAAUUUGCGCGUCAGCAACGAAGACUACCGCAAGCUGGAGCAGCUGUGGCAGACAGUGAAGCAGCUCGAGCAGCUGAAUGCAACGCUGACGGACGAUUCGCUCGACGUGCUCAACCCGAAGCACUACGAUCUUAGCCCGUCGCUGCUUGCCCAGGGUCCGGAUCCGCUGCUCGAAGGGUUGGACGCGCGGGAACGGUUGAACGAGAUCAAGAAGCGCCAGGAACCGGCCACUACCAGUACGGUUACCGCAGAGGUACAAGCGAAGGACGAUGAAGCAUCGGUCACGGAAAGCGACAGUCCGACCCGGUUUAGCUUGCAGCUUAACACGAACGCAGGCGGUAGCGAUGACACCGAACAGGUGGUGCAGCCAACGGCGACAACGGAAGCCACAGAGGUGGUAGACACGACGACAACGAACGAGCCCACUACCACGACCAGCACCAGCACGACGACGGAAAGUGCCCGCAGUGCUGCCCUGGAGGACUCGUUCCCCUCGUCCGAUCUGGCCGGUGAUCCCGUGAAUGAGGAACCGCUGCCGCCACCGCGCCGCAAUGGGUUCUACUUCCUGUACGACUGGAACACGUUCCUGGAGGUGGGCGAAGAGCCGAACAAGGUUAUCAUUCGGUACAACCCACGGGCAGGAGAUCCUAGCCGCUUCCUACCAGUCACCGUACCGUAGAGGGGGGUGAACGUUCCGGACUGCAUCGAGAGCCCGGGGUUGUAAAAACGCGUAAAAGUAAACGGCGGGAAAAGGAUGCAAAUAGCUCUUCCUUCGAGGGGUUCCGCAAGCAAGCGUGUGUACAUAGUAUAGAUCCCUUCCUUGUGUGUACGUUUAGUAGAGAUGAGUUGUAGGAACUAAAUUAACACGUUUUAUUUAUUAUUCUUCUUUCUGCGAACGGACGGAAAGGAGGGUGGCUUCAGGUACUAGUUAAGAAGUUAAGAAGGCAGAUUUCGCAUUGCACAGCAGCAGCGGCGGCGGUGGGUAUGACCAAUAACUAGGCUUUACGGAUACGGGAUAAUAGAAGAAAGAGCUGGAGUUGAAUCUCUCCCCGUCGAGAUGUAGAGAGGGCAAGGGCAGAUGAUUUUAAUGCCCUCUUACUUAUCGUGCACUCUAACGAUCCUCGUUUUUUGUAUAGAAACACACCGAUCUAGUUUGAAUUAGGGAAAAUAAAGAGAAUAAAUUUAA